GGGUAUGAGAGCUUGUCUGACGAUAGAAGAGUGUUUUUCAGGAAAUAAAUGCGUAGAUUUGUGCUCUGCUUUCACGUUAAAACUUAACAACCCUGUACCUAACACAUUUCUGUGUCGACCGGAGUGAAGAGGAAGCGGCGUUCCUUUUUGUCUGGGUGUCGCGAGGAAGGAGCAGCUGCGUUCUCACUGAGGAUUAGAUCUGUACACCUGUCCGUCCGCCAUGGCUGACAGCAGCGUGAUGACUCUGGGGAGGACUCAGAGUUUGCUGGUGGACUCUUCUGUAUAUGAUUCUAGGAUGACUGACACCUUGAUCUUGUCUACAGAAGAUGGUGGAAUUGUGCCUCGUGUUGAAACCAGAGUUGUACUUGUGGGAGAUGCAGGUGGCAAUGAAGAACUCUUAAAAGCUGUGGAGGACAUCAACAUGCCUUGUAUAAAGACUUUCAAUGCGAAGGAAUUUGGAGACGGCGAGAGUGCUGAAUUUGAGACUGUUUUUGUAUUGACGGACUUUAAGUCUCCGGACUAUACCCACUUGUACAAAAAUGAGCAGCGCAUUGUGGGCCCACCAGUUGUGCUGCACUGUGCUCAAAGACAGGAGCCCCUGCUGUUCUCUUGCCGCCCCUUAUACUCCACCACCAUGUUAAACCUGUGCCUGUGUUUCACUGGCUUCCGCAAGAAAGAACAAGUUGUGAAUCUGGUCAACCUUGUCCAUCACAUGGGAGGCACCAUUCGCAAGGACUUCAGUGCCAAAGUCACACACCUCGUUGCGCACUCUACACAUGGCGAGAAAUACAGGCUGGCUGUGUGUAUGGGGACACCUAUCCUUACCCCAGACUGGAUUCUCAAGGCCUGGGAACGGAGAGAUGAGCUGCUCUUCAGUGCAGCAGAUGAAGAUUUUCGUGCCGAUUUCAAAGUGCCUCCUUUCCAAGACUGUGUGCUAAGCUUCCUGGGCUUUUCUGAAGAUGAAAAGAGGAAUAUGGAAGAGAGAACACUAAAACAUGGUGGACACUAUUUGGAGCUCGGGGACGAAAGAUGCACUCACCUAGUAGUGGAAGAGAACUCCAUUAGGGAACUGCCAUUUGUGCCAUCGAAAAAGCUAUAUGUAGUAAAACAGGAGUGGUUUUGGGGAAGCAUUCAGAUGGACGCCCGAGCUGGAGAAUCCAUGUAUUUCUACGAGAAGCCUGAGAGUCCCAUCAUAAAGAAGACGGUGUCCCUUCUAUCCCUCAACACGCCCAACAGCAACCGAAAGAGGCGACGUCUGAAAGACACCCUUGCCCAGCUCACCAAAGAGACUGAGAUCUCUCCCUUCCCACCACGGAAGAGACCAUCGGCGGAGCACUCCCUGUCCAUGGGCUCCUUGCUGGACAUCUCCAACACACCAGACACAUGCAAGGCCAUGGCAGAGAACUCCAAGCUGUCAAAAAGCUCUGCGUCUGCCUCCCUCAAACAGUCCGCGAGAUGGCAGGUCUCCAAAGAGCUCUACCAAACAGAGAGCAACUACGUAGACAUCCUUGCUACGAUCUUACAGUUGUUCAAACAUCCACUGGAAAAAGAAGGUCAAGUUGGGGGUCCAAUUUUGGCCCAGGAGGAGAUUAAGACCAUAUUUGGCAGUAUCCCAGAUAUAUUUGAUGUGCAUACCAGAAUUAAGGCUGAUCUAGAGGAGCUUGUGAUGGACUGGUCAGAGGACAGAAGCGUCGGCGACAUCAUUUUAAAAUAUUCCAAAGACUUGGUGAAAGCCUACCCUCCAUUUGUCAACUUUUUUGAGAUGAGCAAGGAAACCAUUGUGAGGUGUGAGAAGCAGAAGCCAAGGUUCCAUGCCUUCCUGAAGAUUAACCAGGCAAAACCAGAAUGUGGACGGCAGACCUUGGUGGAACUGCUGAUUCGUCCCGUGCAGAGGCUGCCCAGUGUUGCUCUCCUGUUAAACGAUAUAAAGAAGCACACGGCCGAUGACAAUCCAGACAAAGUCACUCUGGAAAAGGCAAUUGAGUCACUCAAGGAAGUUAUGACCCACAUAAACGAAGACAAGCGCAAAACCGAAGGUCAGAAGCAGAUCUUUGACGUUGUUUACGAAGUUGACGGCUGUCCAGCCAAUUUGUUGUCUUCGCAUCGCAGUCUGGUCCACAGAGUGGAGACCAUUGCUCUAGGAGACAAACCCUGCGAUCGAGGAGAACACGUCACCUUGUUUCUAUUUAACGACUGCCUCGAGAUCGCCAGGAAGCGGCACAAGGUGAUUGGUACAUUCCGGAGUCCCCUGGGACAGACACGCCCCCCUGCUCCUCUCAAGCACAUCACCCUCAUGCCCUUGUCUCAGAUCAGGAGGGUCCUGGACCUGCAGGAGUCGGAAGAGUGCCACAACGCCUUUGCCCUGGUGGUGCACCCUCCCACGGAGCAGGACAACCUGCUCUUCAGCUUCCAGCUCACGGCCGAGGACACGGAUAAGUCCACCUGGCUGAAGACCCUGUGCCGGCACGUGGCCAACACCAUCUGCAGGGCCGAUGCGGAAGAUCUAAUUCAGUGCACCGAUCCGGAUUCCGUGCAAGUGAACACGAAAGACAUGGACAGCACGUUGAGCCGAGCGUCCAGGGCCAUCAAAAAGACAUCAAAGAAGGUCACAAGGGCUUUCUCCUUCAGCAAGACCCCCAAGCGAGUGAUUCAGAGGGCCUUCAUGGCCAGCAGCACCCCAGAUGACAAGAGUCCUGCCACUGGAUCCGAGCACCGGGGUCGACCCGGUGGCUCCGCCACACUAUCGGCUAUCCAUUCUCCAUCUAUGAUCAGCCUUCCUUCUAUGUUUGAGGCCAAGUACCACACUUUCAGCCGCUCUACAACUCAUCUAAUAUAA